AUGCAAUUAUCAACUCUCCUCUCCGCAGCUUCACUGCUCUUGACUGCCGCCGCAACUGUUAUUCCGUCCACCUUAGUAGAGCGCCAAUCCUCUACAGCGCCAAUCGACACAGCACCACUGCUCUUGGGCUCGUGCCUAGCAGUUGGGACUUGCUACUAUGGUGCUGAUCAAAAAAGCUGCUACACCGCUGGUUGUGGCAACCAGUCCUUGCUGGGGAGCAUUUGCUCUUGCAAUGGUGAUGUGCAGAAGGCCUUGACGGUGCAACUCGAGAAGGGUGAGAAGCUGUGGCCUGUAAAGUGCCCGUACUAG